AUGACCAACGAGGAAGGGAUUCAUGCGCCGCUCCAUCCCGGGUUUCAAGACUGUCGUCCAGUGCUUGUAGAUGAGCCAAAAUCGUGUUGUACAGUUCUAAUGGAGGCUUGUAAGAGGUCUUAUGUGUACCACGCCAUUAUCACCUGGCUAUCCAUAGUCAUGAUCUUCACCACUCCAAUCGCCGAUCCAGACGUUCUUUCCAUUGAAUUGGUCGCCGUUUUCGUUUUGAUGUUCGUUGUGAUUAUGCUCGGAGUACAUGCACAAACUACAAACGCUAGACUUCCAGGAGCUAGAGUCUAA